ACGUGUUCUUCUCUCAUGAAGAACGACUACAUCAUAGAUCAUCCACAGUUAUCGAAGAAAGAGAGAGUUAAUGGUACGGAAACUCCUGCAGAAAUAUUUCUAAUUCCGUUAGAUUUUAUUACAUUUUUUUCGGCGGACUAUGGGGGCUGUUUCUUAGUCAGGUUACUAGAAUCAUAAAUUGAUUAACCUACAUCAGCUUUUUCUCUGGUUUAAUCAUGACAAUCAUCAGUUUGUUUGUUUUUUUUUGCAUCCUGUUAAAACAGUUUAGAUAUUGCUAUUAAUAAUUGUUUCAUGAUUACUGCAAAAUUUGGUGCAAAAUAUAUUACUGAAAAUCUGUGC